AUGACGAGCUCCGACGACAAGGUGCUGCUGUACACGGCUAAAGUGUGUCCCUACGCUGCACGUGCCGAGUUGGCGCUCGCCAUCGCAGGGAUCCCACAUGAAAAGUUCGAGGUGGAUCUGCUCAACAAACCCUCCUGGUACGCCGAGAAGAUCAACAAGGCAUCCAAAGUGCCCGUGCUGGUGACGACCAAGGGCGAGACCGAAUUCAAACUCCCCGAAUCGCUCGUCAUCGUCGAGUACAUCAACGACAUCACGGGCAAUGCCAUCUUCACCUCCAGCUCCCCUCAACACCGUGCGACGGCGCGCUACAUCGUCGAACGCUACUCGCAGCUGGUGCAGCCCCAGUACGUGGCCACUGUGCUGCGUCGCGAGGCGUCUGCCCUGCCUGCGCUCAAAGCCGCGCUGGUCGACUUUAACACGCUGCUCAAGGACCACGAUGCAGGCACGGGCGCGUUUGUGCAGGGCGAAGACAAGUUUGGGUAUGCCGAUCUCAACAUUGCCCCGUUCGUCGCCAGGGUGUUGAGUGCGAGCAAGCACGGGCUCUUGCCCGAGAGCGACGAGCAGGGCGUCAAGCGCAUCGACGAGGAGGUCGACGCCGGCGCCGAGGGGCUCGAGAGGGUCAAGAGGUGGUGGGACGCUGUGCAGGCGGUCAAGGCGUGGGGCGAGGUUUGGGACGAGCAGAAGUAUCUGGCACCGUUGAAGAAGAGGUUGGCUGCCAUCGAGGCUGAGAAGAAUGGCUCCAAGUAG